UCUGGCACUGGGGAUCGGAUCUAUUUACGUGUUUUGAAGUUAGAUUUGUGCACUCCAAUAGUAAUCGUCUUUAGAUUUUCUUGCAAGACAGACAAAAUGUCAGAUGGAGAUACUGAAACAGACGAUAAGUAUGACCGGUCGUUUGAAGUCUCCACCUUUGUCAACAAAGACAUUUGGGAUGAUGGGGAUAAAUAUAUUGGACACUCGAUUGAUCAUAAAGAUAAAGAGCUAAAUGAGAAAACACAAGAUGACAAGUAUGAGCCCCCGUAUGGAAAUGAAACGAAAGACUUCAACGACACGAGCUUUUCGGAUGAAGAUAUACAAAAUGGGUCAUCUUCGCUGUCUGAUGAAGAAUCUUCCGAUGAAAAUGAAACCCUGAAACCUUUUGAAAAUGAGACAGAGGGAACUUCAAAAGCAAAUAACAUACAAAGACAACAAUUAAAUAGAGCACCAAAGGGGGUUAGAUGCUACAAAAUGAAAUAUAUGAAAGGGAAAUCUGAUAGAAAAUUAGCAAAACUUGAAGGAAAAUAUAAAUUUCUCCAAAAGGAAGUAGACAGCAUUACCAAAUUCAAGCUACAAAUGAUACAAUACUAUAGAAAUCAGCAGCAACAAUUUAAGGGCAAUACAGAUCUGGACGAAAAUUUGAAGAACCAUAAUCUUUUCCAUAAAUCCCUCAUUAAAAGAAACAGAAAUAAAAAUGAAGUGGCUGAAGAAAUGACAAUGAAGGGAAGAUUUAAUGAAGUUACAGAAUUAAUACUACCAGAGAAGAUUCCAAUUAAAAGGAGUAAGUUAAUGCAAUAUACCAUCAGCGAGAGCGAAUAUGGAUUUAUUCAUAUACUGCGUGUAAAGAAAUAUCAAGAUAUUGAACAGUCCAUUAUUAUGUUUUUCAAUAUAAAAACAUGUCCACAAAAUGACAGAUUCCUUUACUCGGUAGUCAGCAAUCACCAACAACAUGAACAUCUUCCCUACAACCACCAACAGGCAGAUUUACACCACACCAGUUGCAAUCAGGAAAUCAUUGCCGUUGCUGCUCAAGUUGCGGCUGUUAUAUCAACUGACCAUGCCAGCGUUGAUCUCAACCAACUAGUUCGAUCUUAUUGGUAUAGCAUCAAUGUGAGUGAACGUACAAGAGAUCGAAUGAUAUAUGAAUCGGUAGUUUUCAUAGACAAGCACCAGUCUUACGGUGUUAUAUUAAUAUUUCGAUUAAGGAAGUAUUCGUCUGGUAACACCAAAUAUGACUUGACGUGGAAUGUAAUCCAAAAAACCCAGAACGCUUUGAGCACGAAUUCGGCAAGCUUAAGUCUUUUUGAAGACAUCGGAGCUUUAAUCAGCACUUGUAGCGGCAUUUGGAGGAUACGGAACGGUACCUAUGCGUUUGUGGAAUCGGGUUCUGUUUUGUUUGUUCUUGAAGUUAUGCCACAACACCUACAGCUUCAAGAACAGACGAAGCAAGCUGAUGGUUUGAUGUGUCACGUUAUCCAAACAACCCUGAACGAUUCGAGCACGACUUUAGUAAGCUCAAGUCUAUUUGAAGACAUUGGUGUUUUGAUCAGCAAUUUUAGCGACAUUUGGAGGAUACGGAACGGUACAAAUGCGUUUGUGGAGUCGGGUUCUGUUUUGUAUGUUCUUGAAGUUAUGCCACAAUACCUACAGUUUCAAGAACCGACGAAGCAAGCUCAUGGUUUGACGUGGAACGUAAUUCAAACAACCCAGAACACUUCUAGCACAAAUUCAGUAAGAUUGAGUCUUCCUGAUGACAUCGGAGCUUCGAUCAGUACUUGUAGAGGCAUUAUGAGGAAUGCGUCUGUGGAAUCGGGUAUUGUUUUGCCUGGUUUUGAAGAUAUGAUACAAUACCCACAGCUCCAAGAAACGACGAAUCAAUAUAAUGACUCAGCAAACAGUAAAUAUACAGGACAGAUUGCUAUACAAUCAACUUUACAACUUAAUGUCUUAAAGUCACACAAAAGAAAAAGGGUAAUACACUCAGUUGUCCAAUCAGAACAGAAUAAAACCAAGCCAGUACCAUUGCAAAACAGCAAAAGAAACAAAGCAAGCAAAUUAAAAGCUUCAAGAAAAGCGAGACACAGCCUCGCUUAUUGCUUAAGGACUCGAACAGCAGAAACGUUUUCAUCAAUCUCUAAUGAUAAAACAAACACUUUGAAAACUCUACGAUCACAGAGGUACAAAACAAGUAAGAAGCAAAAUAGCAGAAGCCCGAACGUUAAAAUGAGAAUACCAAGUAUAGGUCCAUCGAAGACCCAACUAAACUUAUCAAGAGCAUAUCUAUUACAUAUGCAAGAAACUCACUCCAGAAAUCAAAGAACAGAUACGAACAAAACCCGCUGCCAUUUUUUGAGAAAAGGGUCACCUUAUAUGAGUCGAAAUAAAGAUCAGUCACCAAAGCAUCAUGAAGACGGAUAUAAUAAAGGAAACGUAUGCCAUGUAAAUGGGGGUAUACAUACCAGUAUUAGUAAUGAAAACCAAAUGUUUGGAUAUGCAACUGGGAACGUUUAUCAUCAACGCAUAUGUGAAGAAGAUAUUUGUCUUUAUGAGGAUGAAGCUAUUGGUCAGACCAUACAUGAUUCAAUAAGCGGUAAAGGAAUUAUUCCAACCGGAAUCGAAGUAAGAACCGAAAUUCACAUAAUUCACAACAGACUUGUGCAUGAUCAACUCAAUCAUCUCCGACAUCAAAUCAACUCAAAUAGGAUGCAUAAUGUACAGCCGACAAUGGAACAAGAUAACAGAUCAGAAAUAUGUACAACGUUAACAUCAUACGACAAAAAUAGAAUUCGAAAUUGUCGACCAUUUCAAGCUAAUUUCGAGAUACCUUUAGCAGGUGGAACCAGUGCACUAAUUGUCCUGAAAAAUACAUGCUGUGUUGAUGGAUUUCUUCUGAUGAUUUAUGUUUUAUUGGAGGAAAAUCUAGCAUUAAGAACACAGUUUGAACAUUCCGAACAUGAUUUGCACAAGAUAUACCAUCAAAUAUGGAAGGAGUUCAAAGUUGGGAAUUUUGGAGAUGGCAAGGUUGCGUGGGGUAAAUAUGGAGGUUACAUCGCAGAUAUCGAUGCAAAUGGUGCGAAAACUGAGAAAAUAAUAGAUAUAAUUGGAACAGAAAAUGAGAGAAUAUUUUGUGUGCUCGGCAAACAUAGAUUUCCUCUUCGUAUACAUUGCUCACUUGUUAAUGGUGAUGUUUAUUUCACUACGCAACUCUACAACGUUUUACCCGUGUAUGAAGUUCCAGGAGAGCCUUUAUGUGACACCAUCAAAAGAGCUAUUAACAAGUACCUAAAAAGAGAUGAUUUGCCCUGCUACAGUAUCCAUGGAAUCAUCAAAGAAGAAUGCAGAGGGAAUUCGGUUCAAACAUUGGUUGAACCACCACUCAUUUUGCCAAUUAAUCUGUUCUUCUUGAAACAUGGUAAAAAGAAACAUUCAAGCGCUGAAAUUCCUGAAAUAGUGGAGUCCAAUGAACAUAGGUAUGAGCUUUACUUGGUCCGUUUCUUCAUGGAUGGAAUAAAUCAUUUUGUUGACAAGAUAAAGAUUCAUGGAACAUGGACAUUUUAUGAUGAUUGUCGAGAAAAACUGUAUCAUUUUGAUGUGGAACCUGAAUCAGUUCAAUUGUCCAGUUGCUAUUUUGUAAAAGUAUAGGAUGGCAUAUGCAUUGUAACUAAUUUAAGAUGUAGAUACCAUAUAAUUGAACUUUGAGAUUUUUGAGUUAUACAAGCGUGGUUCUGUUUUUAAUGUGUAUUACGUUCAAGAUUGUUUUCGGAAAAUCAGCAUGCAUUGAUAAAAUUCAUUUUACAUCUUACUGAUGAAGGAAAUCUGUUAUUUGAAAUAUAUAUUUAUGCUUGUAUUUACUUUUUACUUUUAUAUACAUAUGUUGUGUACAAGUUAUCAUUUUGUACAAAUUAUAAUUUGUAUUUUAACUUUGUACAAAUUGUUGUUCGUCCAAACAUUGCUUGUACAAAUUACAAUUUGUACAAAAUUUGACUAGAAUUCACUUAUAACUUGUACAAAAAUUUAUAACAUUGACUUUGUUAUUAAAAAAGUCAUUUAGACACAC